AUGGUUCUUGCACCUCACCCUAAUCCAGAAGCCCCAGUGCUAUCGCACUUCAGCCUCGCCGGCAAGACUGCUCUAGUCACCGGAGGAUGUCGAGGAAUUGGGCUUGAGGUUGCGCGGGGGCUUUGCGAAGCCGGCGCGAAGGUGGCGAUAACCUACUCAAGCACGCCACCGAAAGAAGCGGAUGAGAUAGCUGCGCAAAUAUCCUCCGCCAACGAGGGUCGACUAGUCAAAGCAUAUAAGUGCAAUGUGCGCUCACGAGCUGAGAUUGAAGCCGUCGUGAACGCAGUUGCAGAGGAGGUAGGUGGCGGCCGACUAGACAUUCUAGUAGCGAAUGCAGGCGUCACCGCAAACAUCGCGGCUCUGGAUUACCCAGAAGACAAGUUCCGUGAUUUAUUCGACGUUAACGUAAACGGAGCGUUCUGGGCAGCACAGGCUGCGGCGCGCGUGUUUGAGAAACAGUUUAAGGCGGACGGGCAACCGCACCGGGGGUCCAUCAUAUUUACAGGAUCGGUGUCGGCAACACUCGUCAAUAUUCCUCAAAACCAGGCUGCUUAUAACGCGAGUAAAGCUGCUCUAGUCCAUCUUGGAAAGUCGCUAGCUGUAGAGUGGGUGGAUUACACAAGGGUUAACAAUAUUUCGCCGGGCUUCAUUGAAACAGAAAUGCUCGACGUUCAUCCUCAGGAAUGGAGAAGCAAGUGGAUCGAGAUGGUUCCCGGUCGUAGGUUUUGCAAGCCAUCUGAACUUAAAGGGGCAUACGUUUUCUUAGCUAGCGAUGCCAGCAGUUAUGUAACAGGGGCUGACUUGAUAAUUGACGGAGGUUAUACUCUGCCUUAG